CCUGCCUGACCAACCCAGUGGAUUUCUCUGAUGGAGCGACUGCAGCUCAAGCUGGACAUGAGCGGGCAGUGUGCACUCGCAGCCCAGAAAGCCAACCAUCUCCUGGGCUGCAUCCAAAGAAGCAGGUCGAGGAAGGUGCUUCUGCCCCCCUGUUUUGCUCUGAUGAGACCCCAGCUGGAGUGCUGCAUCUGGCUCUGGAGCCCUCAGCACACAAAAGACAGGGACCUGCUGAACUGGUACCAGAGGAGGAACAAAGAAAUGAUCUGAGUGCUGGAGCACCUCUCCUCCGAGGAAGGGCAGAGAGUCCCGGGCUGAGCCUGGAGAAAAGAAAGCUCUGGGGAGACCUUCUUGUGGCAUUUCAACACUUCAAGGGGUCUUAAAAGAAGGUUACUGACAGACAUUUUAGCAAGGCCUCUUGCAAUAGGAAAAGGCUUAAUGUUUUUCAGCUGAAAAAAGUACAAGUUCCAUGCCAGAUAGAGGGGAGAAAUUUUGGACAAUGAAGAUGCUGAACUACUGGAACAGAUUGGCCGGAGAGGUGGCAGAUGCCCCAUCCCUGCAAAAUCAGGUUGUAGUAACUUGAUCUAGUUGAAGAUAACCCUGCUCAUUGAAGGAGGCUGGACUAGGUGGACUUUAAAGGCCCUUUCCAACCUAAACUGUUCUAGGAUUCCCUGCCUUUCUAUUGUACCUUUUUCUUUUUUGAGCAUGGUGGAAUCACCUUCUGAUCAACAGCCACUCUUGCUCUGCAAGGGGUUCCUCUGCAGAGGAGCCCCUCUGCUGCUGCCAAGGCACCAGGGCAGGUGGGCUCUGGCUGCAGCAGGGCACUCUUUGGGCAGCCCCUGGCAUCCAGGUAAGGCAGCCUGGACAGGGGUCCCCAUCCCUCCCUCCCUCCAGCUGCUCAAGAGCCAGUGUCCCCAGGGACUCUGGGCAUGGGGGAUUGGGCUCUUCCUCCAUGGCUCAGGCAUCUGGGCCCAGACACUUGGUGGGAGAAGGGAACCAGUGUGGGGCAGAGCUCUGGCCCCAGCCACUGCUGUUGGAAGGCAGCUCCUUAGACAAGUCCAUGCCCUCCUCCCUCUCCUGCAGGAGCUGCUGGUGGCCUGCACCAGCAAGGACCGACCACUGAGGGCAUAUUCAGGAGAUAUUCCAGGGCGAGAGCCCUUCAGGAGCUGCAGGAGGCCCUGGACCACGGCGCAGAGGUCACCAUGGGAAUCCAGCCUGCACUACCACUGGCCCUCCUCCUGAAGGUGAGUGCUUCUGACCUGCAGCUGCAAGAGCUCCUGGCUAGGCUGGAAUCUUCAAAAGCUCACCAGGAGCCCUUGGCAUUGAAGGACUUCCUCUGAAGCAUCCCCUCCAAGCUCCUCAUCACGGAGAUCCAUGAGGACUGGAUGGCAGCGAUGCAGAUGGCCAGCAGGGAGGAAAAGAUCUGUCAGCUGAAAGGGUAAGCGUGGGCAGCAGCCUGGCUCCUGAGCAGGGACUGGGAAAAGGCUGGGACCUGCCUGAAAGGGGACAGUCUCCUUAAAACACAGUUUUUUCUGGCAACUUGCUGUUUCUGGGUUGGGGUCAGGUUGCGGGGGAAUGGACAGAGAGCCUUCCCUGGCAUGGCCUUGGGUGAAAUCAGAAGCUGGGAGGCAAACAUGUGCUUCCUUCCUCAAGUGCAGAGCCUCGAGCGCUGGCUGAGAGCACCUGCAAAGCUGCACAACAGAGCCACUGGCUGCCUCUGCCCCGUGACAGCCUUGGGGGUGACUCUGGGCAGCACGUGCUUGAGGAGCGUUGCCUUGCUGUUCCCUCAGGGUGGCCAAGAAGUUGCCAGCGGCAAAUCUCCUCCUCCUCAAGCAGCUGCUGUCCCUGCUCCAGCAUAUCGGGCAGCACAUCUCCACCAGCAGAAUGACCUCCAGCAGCCUGGCUGUCUGCCUGGGGCCAAACUUGCUGAGCCCACCCCAGGAGGAGCUGCUCCUGCCGGAGGCUGCGCUGGCUCUGAGCACACCAGUGAUGUUGUCUGGAGCAGUUGCUGCAGCUCCCCAGCCCGUGCCAGCUGGGCUGCCCACAGGGCCCUGGCAGCCCCCUGUCUCCAACAAAUGCUGGCGGGGCAGAUGCCUGGAAUAGCUGCCCCACAGCCACUGCCUUCUGUGCAGAGGCUCAGGAGGGAUGGGAAAGGCUGCUUGACGUGUGUUCAGGCCCCUGGGCUGAGAGCACGGCUGGGACGUGUGCAGGUGAAGGUGCUGGUGGAGUUCAUGAUAGACAACUUUGAUGCCACCUUUGGGGAGGAGACGGCUGGCCUGGGGGAGUCACCAGCACCCACCGACAGAUGCACAGACCUGUGUUUGGAGGAGCAAAGUGGCCCUGCAGGUGGAGUAGAUGAGGAUCAUCAGGCAAAGACCUUCCUGGAUGCCUCCUCCAUCCUGCCAGGUAUGUCCACAGAAGAUGGGGCAGACCCAAUGGUGGAGGCCAAGGGGGCAGAGGUAGGUCAGCUGCACAAACACUGGGACAACGUGUCCCACAGAGGCAGAAAGUUUCUGAUAAGGCCCAGUAGCUGCUGUGCCUCCUCCUGACAGCCCAUCCCUUGAGCCCUUGGGCUUCCUUUCUCCCCCCAUAAUGACACCUCCAAAUGAAAAGUGGACAGGUGGUUUCUCCAACGCCUUAGGCACGUGCUUCAUCAAAAUACAAAAGACCUACAAAUUCAAGCUAGAGGGGAGUAGCUGUCAACUUGAGAGGGCUUUUGCUCACAUCCUACUUCAUUCCAGCUUCCUCCAGUCUAUUUUGGGGCAGGUGUACUGUGUGAGACGGGGAUGAUGCAAACCAGCAUCUUCUCUGUGGAGCUCAGGUGGCCAUUUGGCAAUCAGUCACUUCCUACUCCAGGCUGUCUCUUGCCACCUCUUACCUCCCAGAUUUCUGGUUUAGUCACCUCCAGCUUUGCCUCCAAACAUCCCCCAGAGUGCAACAGAAUCCCUGGCACCCACAGAACCACUGACGAGCUUUUCAGCAUCCAGAAAGUAAAGUGAGCUUGCGUUGGCUCAAACAAGAACUUACUCCUGGAGAUUGUGGCUUUGCCUGUCUAAUCUAAUUUUGGGGGUAAAGGUUUGCAGGCUGCUCCCAAGAAAAGAAAAAGAGAAGGAAAAGACGAAGAGAGGAGGCCUGGCUGGAGAGAUGGAAGGCCAAGAGGAAAGGAAGAAGGGGAAGACAGGAAGACAACAAGAGAAGCAUAAGAAGGUCCAGCAGCUCAAGAAGCCCAGGUGCUGCUUUCCCGUCACCAGCUGAAGCCCUGGGACUCGUGGGCCUGCCUCCCCCUGCCCCUGAAGUUGUGCUUGUAGUACAGUUAGCUUUUGUUUGUUCUCA